UUCGUACAUUGUGAACAAAGGCAUAUGAUCCAAAGUCUAACAAAAAACUUCCUCCAUAAUACAUUGUUGCAAAAAGGAAAAAGUUCUUUCAGGCUAUUGGGAGCCUAAGAAAAGGACAUAAAAAGACAUGAUGAAGAGUAUUGUUAGCUCCAAGUAUUUGGCAUGCCUGGUUGGUUCUAUAAUUCUCAAUCUGUUGUUUAUAAUCAAUAUAUAUGUGGGUGGUCAAUGGAAACUGAGUUGGAGCUUAGGAGCUGCAAUCGAAGCUGAAACUGUGGCAGCUAUAUAUUGUUCAGGCCAUGGAAGAGCUUACUUGGAUGGUUUGGUUGUUGUUGGGAAUAAACCAGUUUGCGACUGCAAUACAUGCUUUACAGGCCCUGAUUGCUCUCAGUUUAUACCACACUGUACAGCAAAUGCUGAUGGUGGGGAUCCAUUAUUUUUGGAACCAUUCUGGAUGCAGCAUUUAGCUAGUAGUGCUCUAGUAGUAGCAGGGUGGCACCAAAUGAGCUAUACUUACGGUGGUAAGAGCUUCUUCUCGAAAGAGCUUGCAAAGGUUGUGCGCAAAGUACACGCAAGCGUAGGGAAUGCAGUCACCCAAAACAGAUUUAUCAUUUUUGGUGCUGGUUCAACCCAAGUCCUUAGUGCUGCAGUUUUUGCACUCUCCCCUGAAAAUACCUCCUCACCUGCAAAAGUUGUAACUUCAGUCCCUUACUAUCCGCUCGACAAACAACAAACACAAUACUUUAGCUCACAAAAAUUUAAGUACGAAGGAGAUGCUUAUAGAUGGAAUAAUAGAUCAGAUUGUAGCAGCACAAACAUGAUCGAGAUCGUAACGUCGCCCAACAAUCCUGAUGGACAAUUAAAGAAAGCGAUUUUUCAUGGACCUAAUGUCAAGACAAUCUAUGAUCAUGCGUAUUACUGGCCUCAUUUUACACCUAUUCCAGCUCCAUCAGAUGAAGAUGUGAUGGUAUUUACACUUUCCAAGCUUACAGGUCAUGCUGGCACCAGACUUGGGUGGGCAGUGAUAAAGGAUGAAACAGUGUUCAACAGAAUGAUGAUACACAUGCAGAUGAAUUCCAUGGGAGUUUCUAAAGAUGCUCAACUACGAGGUUUUAAGCUUUUGAACGCAGUCCUUGAAGAAGGAACCGGAAUAUUCGACUUUGCAUACCAGACAAUGAAGAGCAGGUGGGAAAGAUUGGUUCAGACCGUAUCCUUGUCGAACCGCUUCUCUCUUCAGGAAAACAAUCCUCAAUAUUGCACUUUUUACAACAAAGUCCGACAACUUUCCCCAGCUUACGCAUGGUUGAAAUGUGAGAGAGAAGAGGAUAAAGAUUGUUAUGCAGUUCUGGAGGCAGCUAAUAUCAUUGGGCGUCAAGGAAAUCUGUUCGGUGCAGAAGACGGGUAUGUUCGACUAAGCCUUGUCCGAACCCAAGAUGAUUUCGAUAUAUUAAUUGAACGUUUACACAAAUUAAUAACAGAGGGGGAUGGUGACAAAACUAUGUGAGAAAUGAGAUGCAACAUUUGUUGAUCCUAAACUUACAUGCAAGAGGUCAUAUACUCCGUUGACCUUCUUAAUUACACUCUAUUUCCCCAUCAUUUAGUCAUUCAAUGAAAUCAAAUAAUCAUGUUCUAGAAUCAUAUAAUAUUGUUUUAUGAUUUGAAAAGUCAAUGCUUGAGAAAUUAAAAUAAAAUAUUAUUUAUUUCA